AUGGUUUCAAUAUCAGCACCAGGGAAAGUUAUCCUGUUUGGUGAACACGCAGUGGUAUAUGGUUGUCCUGCCCUGGCUGCCUCCAUUGAUGCGUCUACCACCUUGAAAUUUCACCGGAUCAUUCCAUGUGAUGACACAGACAUUGCCUUUAAACUUAACUUUAUUAAUUUUACUGAUAGAUCGAUUUGCCUGAAAGCCAGUGAUUUUACCUUUGAUUUCCCACCCAAUGGUAUAUGUUCUGAUAUGCACGAUUUCUUUCUUAUCAAAUCACAAACUUUGUUGUCCAAACUUAAUGUCCCCAAUCAGAUUGUACAAAGUGUUGCAGUUAUUCUUCUUUCUUACCACAUAUUAAAAUCAAGGUAUCAUGUCAGAAGGACUGUUAGUCUGCCAUGGGAUAUCACACUCACCUCGACCCUGCCCAUCAACGCUGGACUUGGCUCGUCAGCGGCAUACUGCUCCGUCGUUGCCACAUUUUUCCUCUAUUCGUACGGACGCAUCGCUGGUCCUGACCUGACUGAAGCCGAACUUCUCCUCAUACAGUCUUUCGCUAACGAGUUGGAGAAGAUUAUGCAUGCCUCUCCUUCUGGUGUUGACACUGCUAUCAGUGCUUCUGGUGGUAUGAUUUUGUUUAAGAAGGAUGCCACUGAUGGUAGUACUCUUAUUCGGCCAUUAUCUGUCCCAAUGCUGCGUGAUAACUUGCCGAAGUUGUUAAUAAUAAAUACCAACACUCCUCGGUCAACGGCAGACGUCGUCGACUCAGUUCGGAAGUUCCGUGAGUGUGAACCUGAAUUGUGUAAUCAAAUUUUUAAGAACAUAAGUGCCAUUUGUAAAAAGGCUGAGGGCAUAUUUUCGUCGCCUCUCGAAGGGGAUUCUUGGGAUGUUUUGUGCAAGCUGUUCCUGCAGAAUCACAAUGCACUUUGCAAACUUGGUGUGUCUAACGAGGCCCUUGAUGAAAUCGUGAGGAGGCUGAGAACCAUCGGUUUUGGUGCCAAACUUACGGGUGCUGGUCGAGGUGGGUGUGCUAUCGCUUUGCCUUGUGGGACAAUGGACUCAAGGGAUGCUGUUGACAGGGUGAGAAAUCUCCUUCAAGAUCUGAAUGUCACUGUCUUUGAGACCACCUUCUGUGCACCUGGCAUCAGAAUGGAAAUAGCCUAA